AUGGAAGACCAUAAGGGCGAACCUAUCACCUUGGAUAUCAUCCAGGGUGGUCGGCCUUUUCCCCAGUCCGGGUCAUGGAACAUGGUCGAUCUUUCAGCUGCGCCCAUCAAAGGCACACUUGGCGCUCUUUCCCGGUAUAGCGCGGCGCGAGUUAAUCCGUACGCUGUGAUGGUUGGUGAAACACUUUGCUCCAUUUUCCAACUCAGUCCAGACGGAAGGAAGAGGAUAGACACUGCUGUCGAGAAACUCAAAGUCGUUGGAACGCUGGGCAAAACCCUCGAGAUCGGCUUCUCUGUAGAAGACGUUGUGAGAGCGAUGUCUAAGACAGAACGGGGCCGGAUAUGCAUGGCAUUUUGUGCAGCAUUGAAAGAAUGCUACUCUGAUGACAUGGCAGUGGAGAUCCUUUUAGAGAUGGCAAGGCUUGUCAAAGCGGACGGGCAGCUUAUGCCGUCUAGUCAAGCUUGGAAGGAACUUUUGACCGCUUGCGCAGGCACAUUGGCUUCUUCCGCCUUCCCCUUGCUAGCGGAACAUUACAUGCAGCUACCAAAAGACGACCGCAGACUUGGCGCAUAUCACCGAUUCGACUCUUCUUCCGGGUCCGUUCGCAGUUGUUCCAGUCCAAUGUCGAUUGCUAAAGCGAUCUUUGGUCUUGCACGGGUCACCAAGGGAGAUAGCCAAGCUGUCACUUUCGUUGGUGGCAAUGACACAGGGUGGCUUGCUGCUGUUGCGCAAUGGUUUUUCGAGCUGAGAUUGGUCAUAUACUUGGAAGACGAUAAUAAGGAAGAGCUCUGUCACAGGGAUUGUGAUACAGUUUUCCAUCGUAACUGUGACCCGGACGAUGCCCAAGUUCGCAUUAUUUUCAAGAAAAAUAAUGGCAAACAAAGGCAGUCUUUGACGACCGUUGGUCAUACCUUUUCACUUGACGAUAUUUCUAAGCUCUUUUUGGAAGAAGGUCGUUCGAACGCCUCGAUGUUGGUAUCCGGACGCCUCGAGUGGAAAUCGGCCUUGUCUUCUGCAUUUGCUUCGGAUUUCAAAAAGCUGAUCGGACUUCGUGAGAGCCUAGGGACUACGAUUGGAGGAGCAGCGAGACUGUUCAAGGGAUUGGUCGAGGCCGAUGGAUUCUUUCCCAUGCGAUUCCGAGCUGCAUGCACUAGCUACUGUGACGCUUCGUACGGUCUCGGCUUCAUCAGGAACACAUUGCACUGGUUUCCAGAGCUCUCGCCGGUAAAAGAGUUUAUGGAAAAUUCCGCAUCACUGAAAAUGAGCGCUGCUCGGAGGGAAUAUGAAUCCUCGAUCGGGAAGCUUCGAGAGAUGUGUGGGUGUCUCACGUGUAAUUCUACCUCGACAGGGCACGUUAUACCUCCGCUGGACGAAGACGCAGAAAUGACACCUGCUCCUGGAAGUGAAGAGGAGGAAGCGGAUGAUGACGAUGAUGAUAAGUCUAUUCAGGACUGGGACCCUGACCGCUACUGCUUGGUUGUACUUGUUGAAACCAUCAUUUGUCUCUCCCGUGCGCUGGCAAAUGUCGCUCUCGAGGAUGCAGCUCUUCGCCCGGUGCGGAGCGGAUUCGAAGCUGCCUAUGGUCGACAGCUAGAUCAGAGGCGGUGUGCUCCUGGAGGUCUACGAGAGCUGAGAGAGAUCGGACAAAUMGCGUUUUGCCUAGAUUUCGACCGGAAUUUCUCCUUUGGAUCUCUGACAGACAGUGAGGAUGUCCUCGAUGCCCGGAUGAAGAUAAUCUUGGGUCUUUUCACUGGCAGGGAAGUGCAUACUCCCGGUGGGCGUUUCUCUGCAAUUUGUCUCAACGGCAUUACGGCUUUUUUGGGUUUCCUGCGGAAUCCUAGCUGUAGCAAAGAAGACAUGUCGCGAAUUCAUCUGAUUCCUGGACGUAUUACUCAUGAUGGGAAGAACUACACGAAACUGAUCGAUCGCGUUCUCCAUCAGCCCCCGGCAACCAACUUUGAUCUGGCGGCUCAAACCACGACGAUGCACGACCCAGAUUGGCGUAUGUCACUGAGUGUCCAGGAAACAUACACCGCUCUGGAAUGCUUGUUAGAACUUCAGAGAGGUGAAGCCACUGAAUAUGUGUCACCUCUUCGUGCUGGUCCAGCCAGCUUUGUCUCUCAGCUGUCUGGCCAAACUGGCCUUGUGUCAUGUAAGUGCACAAUUCAACCACGACUUUCGAAACCUUGUUGCCACAGUAUGGUGUUCCGUCCCGAAGACGUCGAGAAUGCAAUGUCAACGAAGCAGCCUCUCAAACAUGGUGGUAAGACUAUUUUUAUACUCGAUUGCAGGGAGCUUGUUAACUUUAUCCCGCCAAUUGCUUCCACUACAUAUCUUGGGCCAGAGUACACGACUUACUUUGUGAAGAGAGAAUGCACUACAUGCUGUAUUAAGGCCGCACUGAGUGUGGAUCGACCGGAGCGUCGCGAAUUUUGCUUUUUCUUCCUUCCUCUUUAA